AUGGACACAGAAUCACAAGGGUUCGAGGUGCUUACAGUCGCGACUCCAAAAGAUGGGCAUGUGCAGGAUGGCAUCAAUGGGGGAUGCAUGGCCGAUGUCGGUUGUGAUGUGCAUGGGCUACCGGCAACUGGUGAUGCUGCUUUGAUGGGAUGCUUGAAUCCCCUAUGCGGAGACAAGGGGGAGGCGAUCAGAGUGAGUUUCAAGGAUGAGGAGGAGCUCAAGAAGAUUCAAACCUUCACACUCUUCGACGAUCCUCCUACAGUUGGAGCAGGUCGCUUCGCCGCCAUCUCAAACGUCACGACAAACUUCACGUGGCGAGGAGGCGGAGGGUCGGACGCGAGGGAGUGUGGGAAUGGAGGGUCAGCGACGACGCGAUGCCUCCGCCGUCACUGUACGCGAUCGUCUACCGCCCAGAGGAGACGCCAGUGCUGUUGCCUCACAAUCCUCUCCAGCAGCUUCCCAGCGGCUGCUCCACCUCAAGGAACUUCCUCAUGUCCGCUUUGGUUCCUUUGGCUGCCCUCGACUAAGAGAUGCCUCAGCUGGUCGCGAGCGCAAGGCAAGCCAGACGACCUCCUGGGCGAGGUUUCCAUCCCUGGGGAUCUCUCUCCCCAUGAGGUCAAGCUCCUUAUCUCGACUGAACUUGCUGUCCGCGGUGACUUUCUCCUCGAGGUGGAAGAUGGCACCCAGGUUGACACCUGCGGUUCAACCUUGUUCAAUCCGAAUGUUCGCAGAGGCGAAGACUCGCUCUACUUGGUGAAGUUGAGGCCUAACACGCCCGCAGGGAGGUCGCAGACACAGACAGGAGGGUCGCGAGAUGGAGCCAAGAAGGCUAAGAGACCCAACGACAAGUCGGAAAGGCUGAGAUCUGCUGCGACACCUUCAGAAGCAACUUCCAUGACAUCACAUGACCGGAUCAAGUUGCAGAGCAAGCUGAUGGCGAGAACGAUGAGCGGAAGCGCGGCAUCAUAG